AACCGAUCUGAACAAAGAUAUUUGAGUUAUAGGCGAAAAUGUGUGCAACCGAUUUGGCGCAAGAAGAAGCAAGCGACAAUUUCUAGCCAUCCAACGGACGGCAAGCUCAGUCUUGUACGAACCGUCGACGGGAGCACAUAUCGGUGAAACUAAAUAAUUCCGGAAAAACUCAAAGAAAAUCCAUCAAAUAUGUCGGCUGCUACGGAACAACAGAACAACGGCGAUGUGGCCGUGGAGAAGGUGGCGGCGGAUGAUGUGUCUGCUGUCAAGGACGAUCUCAAGGCGAAGGCGGCCGCUGAGGAUAAGGCCGCUGCUGCCGAUGCCGCCGGCGACGCGGCCGACAACGGCACGUCAAAGGACGGCGAGGAUGCCGCCGAUGCCGCCGCCGCUGCCCCCGCAAAGGAAUCCGUGAAAGGCACCAAAAGGCCAGCAGAAGCCAAAUCCGCAGAAUCAAAGAAGGCCAAGAAGGCAGCGGCCGCCGAUGGAGAUUCCGAUGAGGAAGAGGCUCUGGAGGAAAUCAUCGAGGGCGACAGUGAAAUCGAGAGCGACGAGUACGACAUCCCCUACGAUGGUGAGGAGGAUGACAUUGAAUGUGAUGAUGAUGAUGAUGAUAAUGAUGACGGUUCCGGCUCGGACGAUCAGGCGUAAUAAUAAUGUAGUCAAAAAUACAAACAAAAACAAACAAAAAUUUAAAUUAAUAAUAAAUAAAAGUUACAAGCAAAAACAAAACAAAAAAAUAUAAUAAUAAACCAACAACCAGAAAAUAAACCACAACAAGGAGAAGGAGGAGGAGAAAAAACCACAAAAAAAUCGCAAAAGUAUAUAAUUUUUAUGUUUAAGAAAUAAUUUUUUAUUUCUUACCUUAUUUUAAUUGUAUUUUAUGUGUACUUUUUUUAUAAAAAACUACAAAACAAACAAAAAUUGUAAUUGAAGGCAUUUUCGUAUAAACGCAACCUAUACGGAAUCCAACAAAAAGUAAACAUCCCCACUAUAUACAAGAACAAAACAAAAAACCAAAAUCUUUCUUUCCUUUAUCUCAUAAGUCCUAAUUUAAACGCCCAGUUUAUGCGUAAAACAAAAUAUACAAAGAUUUCAAAUGUAGCGUAAACGAAGCCCGUGAAUUAAACACAGAUACACUCACACCCACACACGUACACGUACACAAUAUUCAAAUUCAUUAUUAAAUUAGACGUUACAUUUGUGAAUGAUCGAAAGAAGCAAAAAUACAAAAGUGAACAUUUGAAAUGAAAAUGGAAAAAGAAACAGCAAAUGCAAUUAAAUACAAAACAAAUAAAACAUAAAAAUUGUAUUUAAAUAAAUCGCAAAAAUCAUUGAAACCCAAUACUCGACAAGCAUUCAAUGACACUCAAGUUUUAGCUAUGGUUUCAAAAUUUUCGCGCCCACUGUGGCCACAGUCACCCAAAUUUCCCAAAACCCAAGGCACUGGGACUUACUUGGUCUUCGCUUUUGGGGCAAAUAAAACAAAGAACAUCGGGAAGUUUGAGUUCUAACCUUCUGUUUCGUUUCAGCAUUUAACUAUAAACUAUGACUAAUCUUAAGUACUUAUGUCAGUAUUAAAGCGAGGGGUUUAUUAUUCUGUUGAUAAGUUGUGCGAGCGACUCGAUGAUAAGCCUAAUUCAUUUGUAAAUUGUAAAAACCAACUCGAGAAUCGAAUAAUGAGCAAGAAAAUAAACUUUUAAUGUUA